UGAGUUUUUUCUUUCCCUGAGGCGUCUUCUCUCCUCUUUACCUCACGCGCGUCUCUCCCCCCUCUUUUCAUUUCUCCCGAGGGGCUUUUUUUGUUUUUUCUUUCUUCGCCAAACCCUAACUUCAAACUUUUAUCGGAAAUUCUCUAAUUUUUCUCGGGAAAUCGCCGGGAAAAUGCAGCAGCAGAGGCUGAAGCAGCAACAGCAACAAGCUCUGAUGCAACAGGCUCUUCUCCAACAACACUCUAUUUACCACCCUGGCCUCUUAGCUGCCCCUCAGAUUGAGCCAAUUCCAAGUGGAAAUUUACCUCCUGGUUUUGAUCCAAGUAGUUGCCGCAGUGUGUACGUUGGAAACAUUCAUACGCAGGUAACAGAGCCACUUCUUCAAGAGGUUUUUGCAAGUACUGGAGCUGUUGAAGGCUGCAAGCUUAUAAGAAAGGAAAAGUCAUCCUAUGGAUUUGUUCACUAUUUUGAUCGUAGAUCAGCUGCCCUUGCCAUAUUGUCUCUCAAUGGAAGGCAUCUGUUUGGUCAGCCCAUCAAAGUAAAUUGGGCAUACGCUAGUGGUCAGAGGGAGGAUACAUCAGGUCAUUUCAACAUUUUUGUUGGUGAUCUCAGUCCUGAGGUUACUGAUUCUACCUUGUUUGCGUGCUUUUCUGUUUAUCCCAGUUGUUCAGAUGCAAGGGUUAUGUGGGAUCAGAAAACUGGGCGAUCAAGAGGCUUUGGGUUUGUUUCAUUCCGAAACCAACAGGAUGCUCAAAGCGCAAUAAAUGACUUAACUGGUAAGUGGCUAGGUAGCAGACAGAUUCGAUGUAAUUGGGCUACAAAAGGUGCUGUGUCAAAUGAGGAUGCCAAGAGCACAGACGCAAAAAGUGUGGUAGAACUAACAAAUGGCUCAUCAGAAGAUGGCAAGGAGGCAACAAACAGUGAGGCCCCAGAAAAUAACCCUCAAUAUACCACUGUAUAUGUUGGCAAUCUUGCUCCUGAGGUCACUCAGCUUGAUUUGCAUCGUCACUUUCAUACGCUUGGUGCUGGGGUGCUGGAAGAGGUCCGAGUUCAGCGUGAUAAAGGUUUUGGUUUUGUGAGGUACAGUACUCAUGCGGAGGCAGCUCUGGCAAUUCAGAUGGGAAAUACCCAGUCGCUUUUAUGUGGACGACAAAUUAAGUGCUCCUGGGGGAGCAAGCCCACUCCACCAGGGACAGCUUCAAACCCAUUACCUCCUCCUGUUGCAGCUGCUCCUUUACCUGGCCUCUCUGCGACUGAUAUCUUGGCCUAUGAGCGUCAGCUACAAAUGAGCAAGAUGGGGGGUGUCCAUGCCCUCAUGCACCCACAGGGACAGCAUCUUAAGCAGGCUGCAAUGGGAAUGGGUGCUGCUGGAGCAAGCCAGGCUAUAUAUGAUGGGGGAUUCCAGAGUGUUGCUGCUGCUCAGCAACUCAUGUACUACCAGUAAUGCAUAAUUAUAACGUUGUAAGCCCUACAUAUUUCCUGUGUUAUGCAGACUACUUUCUGAGUUCUUAAAACCUUUAGGUAAUCCUUUUUCCCUUUUUUAUCCUUUUUUGGGGUGGGUACGUCACCCUGCCUAAUGUGAUUGCUAUUUGUAAUGGAUGUGUAUCGUGUAUGAUUUUGUGGUCUUUGUUAUGAUGAGUGGUUAUGAUUAUCAGA